CGAAAUUACAAAUCGUCUGCAGUCUAAUAUAUCAGAUGUAUUUGAAGAGAUGAAAUGGAUGGGGGAAGAAAGAGAAAUUUGAAACUGCACGUUUCACAUUCGUUUGAGGAUGAGAGAGAUGAAGAAUUUGAGCUAUUACCCAGUUCUCCCCACACUCCUCUGAUUGGAUCACCGUUGAGCAAUUCUGGGAUCAGCCCUUCACUGCAGACCAUCUCCAAAUCAAGUGAUAGAAAUCAACAUUCCAUAUCUGGAGCAUCAAGUCCGUCUAUAGACAGUAAUGUCACAAGUCCACAUGUUGCAGCAUUGCAGCAAUUGUUUAAUCAACGACAAGCAAGCGUAGUACACGAAAGACAGUCGUCUCAUUCUUCAUCACAACAUACAGGCAAUGUCAGCUCAAUACAUUUUCCAGAGGAAGACAAGACAGAGGGUAAACUAUCAAAAGCAUCUUCAAGAUCAUCAUUUUUCUUGCCGGAUCAUUACGAUGAUGUUCAAAGAACUGUCAAAUCUAUGGGGGAAAUUUCUGUUGAUACACAAGAUAGUGCUACUUAUCAGAAUACGCCGUUUCCCUGUGGUAAUAUCAGAUUUGCUGGAAGAAGAGAAGAGGGUAUUGAGUUAAAGAAGCAUUACGUUUGUGUUCCAUGGGACUCAGCUCCAUAUGAUCUGACCUUUUUCAUGGAUAAGUUUUGGAACAUGAGAAGUCCAAAGAUUGUUUUGUCUAUCAUCUCUGGUGUACAUCAUUUCAAAGUUUGGAAGAAUCCUCGAAUGAAGGACCAAUUUAAGAAAGGAAUCAUAAGGGCAGCAAAUAGAACAGAAAUGUGGGUAAUUACAAAUGGAAUUGAUGAUGGAGUUUCAAGUAUGAUAGGCGAGGCUGUUAAGGAGGAGAAUAUUCUCAGAGCUAACAGUAGAUAUAAUUUGAGUCAGCUCAGACCCGAUGCUGUAAAAAAAUUCCAUAAACUGACUAUGAUAGGUGUCAUGCCAAAACAUAAGAUUUCUUACCAACAUCUACUGGAUGGUUCUGAUUGUAUUAAUGUUAUCAAUGAAGGAUGUAAAUUUAAGAAAGACAUUUAUGAACUCAAUCCUGACCACACCCAUUUUAUCAUGGUAGAAACUGAGACGCCAGAUGACAAAGAAAAGGUGCAAUACACUGAACUCCGCUUUAAUUUUGAGAGGCAGUUACAAUGUCAACUUGGAAGACCUAGACGUUACAAACGACUCUUAAGUUUUGGUUCUGAUGAUGAGAGCUCAGAAAUAAUUGAGCCAACAACACAGCCUAUUCCAGUCAUUGGACUUGUUAUACAGGGAUCACCAAGAGGGAUAGAUCUGGUUCUUUUUUAUCUGCGGAAUAAAAUGCCAAUUGUUAUUGUCAAAGGAAGUGGUGGAUGUGCCGACCUCCUGGCUUAUGCAAUAGAAGAAUCACAAGAAAGACCAGAUGGUGAUUACGAAGAACAUCAUUUAAAACCAGAAUUGCUGAAGAUGAUUGGCCAUACCUUUCCUAACACUUUCAAAGAAAAUGAUUUUGCAAAGAAUGUACUGAGAGACAAAAUUCUUGAAUGUGUGUCCUUAGCCACAGAAGAUGAGCGGACAUUUGUGACAAUACUAAAUACCCAAGGUUGGGAUGCAAAUUUAGCAGAUCUAGACAAGUAUUUACUGAAAGCUUUAUUUAAAUGUGAAAUAAAGAGUAACUCUAGGUGGAGAGAAAGAGCCUACAAAGACUUGACUCUCUUACUCGACUGGAACAGACCAGAUUUAGCUCAGACAGAGAUAUUUUCAUCAAGAGAUUUCUCAAGAAUUAAGGUAGACAAGACAUUGUUUGAGAAGUCCCUAAUAAAGACUGACAGGGAAGAAUUUGUUUCUUUAUUUCUAGAUCAAGGAUUCCAAAUUCACAAAUAUUUGAACCACAAGCAUCUGAAGUAUUUAUUUGAUAAGGCUGAUGACUCAGAAUUCUUUACAACAGUUUGUCUGGAAGGAGUACUUGGAAAGACUCAUAUAAUCUCAGAUCAGCCUUUGCCACAGGAUUUUUUAGUGAAUGAUUUAAACAAACUUGUAGCAAAGUUGUCAGGAAUAAAGGACUUCGUUCAGCCUUAUGAAUUAUCUAUGAACUCUGUUGAGCUAUAUGUGUUGGAUCCAGUGGUUGCUGAAAGAAAGGCUAUAAAUUGUCUCAUUAUAUGGGCAGUUUUGUUUAGUCGACCUAAACUAGCAAAAGUCCUGUGGUAUAGAUGUGAUGAACCAAUUCCUGUGGCUCUGAUCUGUAGUAAUAUGUACAGAGAAUUGUCAAAAUGUUCAAUGGAACUUUAUCAACGUACUGAAAUGGAGGCUUGUGCAAAAGAAUUUGGAACAAUGGCUCUAGGAGUGUUAGAUAUAAGCUACAGUGAUGUCAGUGCACAAGCAUAUGCUAUGCUAAGUAAACCCUUACCAGAUUUUAACAAUAAGAGUGCUAUAGAAAUUGCCUAUGAUGCAAACUAUGGGAGCUUUAUUGCACAUCCCUGUUGUCAGAAGUGGUUAACAAAAAAACUGUUUGGGUCUAUUCAAGUGAAAGAAUUGGACUUUGGGAUUUGUAGACUGCCAUACUGGUUCAAGAUUCUUUCUAGUGUUUUUUUCUUCUUCCCGAUGUUCUUUUGGAUUGUGUUUGGGAGAUCUGCUGGAUACAAGAACAAAGGACUUACAAUGAAUGAUUUGUUCUUGGUAGAAGAUGAUAUCUCAGACAGUGCAUCAUCUGAUGAAGAGACCAUUUUACCAUUUACUAGAUCAGGAUUGGUAAAAGAAUUAAAUGGUAUGAAACGAAAAUCAUUAAAGAACAAAAUUAGUGGUGCUUUAAGAUCGAAGAGACAUAGAAAAUUGCCAGUAUGGAAACAAAUGAAUUUAUUAUGGACUGCACCUAUUACCAAAUUUUGGAUUACACAGAUGUUUUAUUUCAUAUAUUUGGGUAUAUUCUGCUUGGCAGUACUGUGGCCAACCUGUGGAAACCUAUAUUUAGAUACGGUUGUGUGGGUCUGGACUUUAAUUAUGCUUACAGAAUUAAUAAGACAUACAUAUGUCAAGCACCAGAGACAUAAAAGCAUGUUAUCGAUGUGGAGCUGUGUGGAAAUUUUAAUUAUGUUUGUUUUUAUCGUGUCCUACCUGUUUCUGAGGAUAAUGCCACAGUGGAUCAAUUAUUCUGAUAUCUAUGUUUCCAAGACUGUACUCAGCAUGGGCUUGAUAUUUUUUUUCUAUCGAUUGCCACAUGUAUAUUUACCUAUGAGUCCAACUCUUGGACCAAUGCUUGUAAGGAUGAACAGGAUGAUAAGAGUUGACUUUGUGUCUUUUGUAAGAAUGUUCCUGAUUUUCAUGAUAUCAGGUGGUGUAACCAUACAGGCAAUUCUGUAUCCAAACUUCCCUCUAGGAGUUGAACUAAUAAAGAAGGUUCUAACCAGACCCCUGUUUGCUAUGUUCCUGACACAGAUUCAUGACUUGGAUGGAGAUCCUGAUUGUAGUCCACAUUAUGCCAAUUUGACAACUAGCUACUGUGCAACUGAUGACUUCCACUUUAGGGGUUCUCAUAUGUAUAAACCUGAACCACUAGUGGAACCAGUCCAAAAGUGUCCAAUGUCAAGUUUGGGUGGUUACAUAAUUACCAUACAGUAUCUUCUGAUUUGCAAACUUGUAUUAGUCACACUGUUGUUUGCAAUGUUUGCUCUCACAAUAACCAAGGUAGAUCUUGAAGCUGCUGAGAUCUGGAAGUUUCAACGAUAUAUGAUAAUUAUGGACUUUGAGGACCGACUCUGCUUUCCACCACCUUUCACCAUCAUCAACUACCUUUUUAUUCUUCUAACUUUUAUACAUAGACAUUUAAAAGGCUGCAUAAAGCAAUGUUCUGACUUUUGUACAUGUGAUAAAGUGAUUAAGACGAAGAGAUCAACAGAAAGUCAUAAAAAGACAAAAAGGUCUGAGGAUUAUAAUUACUGGAAGAAAUGCUCCCAUGAUUAUGUCAAUAUACAGGAGGAAAAAUGUCAAAUGGAGGAUAUACCAAAGGUACAAGCUGAAAUAUUACAGAAUAUGCAAGAUGAUUUGAGAUUCCAGAAGAAGACUAUUAAGAGAAUGACAGAUAGGAUAUUUGAAUUAGAGAGAAUGAUUCAAUCCAGUAGGAUGUAUCUAGAGAAUAUCUCGCAUAAAUUGGACAAGUCAGAUGUGCUUGGAGUAUCUACAGUAAAAGGUUUACUUGUCCAUGUGGCUGCCAGGCAAUCACCUUAUCCAGGAACCAAUGUUGCUAGAUUCCCUGUCUUUGAUAAAUAUGUUCCAUGGGAGCAACCAUAUGAAGUUUAUGAUGCCAGAAUAUACACAAAGCGAAGAGAUUCAUUUAGUGAAGAUGAAAGACUGUAUGUUGAUGAAGAUAUUUUACUUAUCAAACAACAAAGACAAGAACGCAAUCUGUUGCCGGAGGAAGAAAGAGCAGAAUUACCUCCCUUACCUUCCAUUAAUAUUGUAUGGAACAAGAUAGUGACAUCAAAAUUAGACGUAGGAACACAGAUGUAUGAUAGAAGGUCUUGGGUGAUGCUGGAUAAUCAGAUUUGUAGAUAUAAAAUCGAUCCACUUGGAGUUCCUUUGAAUCCAAUGGGAAGAACUGGUCUCAGAGGGAAAGGUGUGCUGUGGCGUUGGGGUCCAAACCAUGAGAUCUUGGCUGUUUGUACAAGAUGGAGAAGAAUUGAUACACUUGAUGGUCAGCUUCAGGGUUAUCUCUAUGUAGAAGGAAAGAAAGUAUUGGAAUUCAUAGCUGUGAGGAAAGAUGAUGAAAGUGAAGACAGCUGCUUCGGUUUACCUGGGGGAGCCCUACAUGGUUUGAUUUCCCCAUACAGUACUUUAGUGGAAGCUUUUGCUGUAGAAGUGUUGGAUGAACAUACAUUUGAAUGUAAACCAAACUUGGAUCAAGGAGAUCUUAUUCAGUAUUUUUCCCAGUUUGCUGCUCCUAAUUUAGGCAGUAUAGGUAAUGUAGCAUCAAGAACUUCAAUCAAUUUUCCCAUAAGAUCUCUAUCACAGCCAUGUCUAGGAAGUUUUGCAGCUUCGCGUGUCGGAUCAAAGACAAGCUUAAGGACAGAUAUUGAUUCUUCAGGAUUUAGUGCUACUAUGUUGUACAAAGGAUAUAUAGAUGAUCCAAGAAACACAGACAGUGCCUGGGUAGAAGCUGAAGUUUGGAAUUUUCACUAUGAUUCAUCUGAUACAUUUGAUGUUAAAUUACCAGAGGAAACUGUGAGAGUAACAUGGAAAGAAGUAUCACCUAAUGUGAAGAUAUUUGGAAAUGAAGGUGUUAUCGUUCAAGAAGCUGCUAAAAUUCAAGAUGCUUAUUACUAAUCAUGACUUCUACUUGUGUAUAUGUAAUGAUUAAUGUUAAGUAAGAAACCAUACCAAGAAAGAAAGUGAUGUAUGUUUUUUGCCAGUAAUUCUGCAAAAGUUUUAUGCUAUAACUAUACAGUGUUAAAUUUGAGAGGUUUUAUUAUAUUAUUUUAUAAAAUAAUUGUUUUAAGCAUAAUUGUUGAAUUUUUUUCAGUAUUGAUAUCUUAAUAUUUUUAUCACUAUUUUGUUAGUUUGUUUUUUCAUAAUUUAUUAGUUUGGUUUUUUUUGCAUUAUUUGUUGUUAAUUCAUUUUUAAUGAUAAUCAGUAAGAAUUUUCAUAGAAAUUCUUAUGAGAAAAAUUACUUGUAGAUUGUGACCAAUUCAGUUUAAAUUAACUUACACAUAGUUUUAGUUGUAAGACGUAGAUGAUUUUAUGAGUGUAUUUCUCUCCAGGAAAAUGGAGGAUAGGGGUUCCAAUGACUGUUACUACUCCUUUUUUCUAAUUAUUUUAGAAUCACACUUAAAUUAAUGAAAUAAAGGCUGGAACCCCUCCUGUUUUCCUCCUUGUCUUUGUAUUCAUUUCAUUUUAUUGUUCUCUACUUAUUUUAUAAUUUAAAAAUGCCCACUUUCAAAAAUCUGGAUUGCUAAUGUUAAGUCAGAAACCAUACCAAGAAAGAAAGUGAUGUGUGUUUCUUGUCGGUGAUUCUGCAAAAGCUUAAUGCUAUAAUUAUACAGUGAUAAAAUUGAGAGGUUUUAUGAUAUUAUUUUAUAAAUUGUUUGUUUUAAGCAUAAUUGUUGAAUUUUUUUCAAUAUUUAUAUUUUAACAUUUUUUAUGACAAUUUUGUUAGUUUGUUUUUUCAUAAUUUAGUAUUAUUUUUUUUGGCAUUAUUUGUUGUUAAUUCAUUUUUUAAUGAUAAUCAGUAGGAUUUUUCUUAGAACUUCUUACGGGAAAAAUUACUUGUAAGUUAUGACCAAUUCAGAUAGUUUUAGAGUAAGAUAUUUUGUGAAAAUAGAUACAGAUGUUUGUUAAGUUAUUUUUGUUUCCCAACCACUGUUGUUUUUUUUUUUUAAAUGACAUACAGUCAUAUUUGUUGUUAAAGAUAAUGUAAAUGAUUAUUAAUUGAAUGAUGAUUGUUUAGUUCUAAAUGAUCAAGGUGCUGGUGUGAAAUUAGUUUAGUGUGUAACACAAGGAUAAUAUAUAAGCAGGUUAUCUAUUUCUUAGCCAAUUUAUAUUUUUUCAGACCAAAAUAUUUUUUUUUAAUAUUCAGUAUUCAAUUAUGACUAUAAAUUUCCUUGCUGUUCUUUUGUUUUGCCUUUGCCCUAAAGUAAAAAAUGCAAAUAUACUGGAUUACAGAACUAAGACAGAGUCUCUUUAUUUUUUGGUGGAUCAUCAAAAGAGAUCUAGAGGACAACUGUUUGUUCCCAUGAUGUUUAAACAUCAUUUGAGAAUUAUACUCUUCAACUAUAUUUUGAGGGAUACAUCAUUAUUUUAUUAACAUUUUCAUGUUUCAUCAUGCCUGAUCAUAAAUAGAAAAAAAAAAAACUCAUCAAAGAUACCAGGCUUAUAUAAAUUGAUAUUUGUACACUUUUUAAAAACAUAUUCAUCAUUUAAAAAAAAAACCAACCAUAAUCAUAGCAAGUUUUGUUAAAUUUACUUUGUCUCAAGUUAAAACCAAAGAAGAAGCUGUGAUAAAACAACUUUAGGUUUAUGUUACUUGAAAUCAUAAUUGUGCAUUAUUAUAUAUGUGUUAUUUAUAACUUAAUUAUGAUUUAUAAUGUAAACUUGGGAGUCAUUUUAUAUGAAUUAUAAUCAUAUACUUGUGAGAAACAAAAGUUAUAAGUUAUCCUUAUUCUUUCAUUGAUUAUCUCCAUUUAGCCCAGCUCAUUUAACAAGACAAUUCAAAUAUUUUCCUCAGACACCGAUGUUUUCAUUGUGGAGUCACCCCUUGGGUAUUUUGUUGAGUUAGAUUGCUUGAUUGUUGCUUGCAUAACGUCCAUGUGAAGAAAGUAACCUGACUAAUGUUUCCGAAUAAAAUUUGUAAAAUUGACAAUUUGACAAAUGGUAAACUAUGGUAAUGCAGGGCUUAAUAUAUGAUGUAGAUGCAAUGGUAAGGUGUAUCACAAAAAUGUAUAAAAUCUAGAUGGGAUCAUUUUCAUUUUUUACAAAUUUCCCUUUUGAGCCCACCGAAAUGUACAACCUACUGGUACAAUGCAUCACCUAGACAAUUGUGCUUAUGUAGUUGUAAAAUCUAAUGAUAAAUGAAAAAGAGAAUAUGUCUGUUUUGCAUUAAGACUAAAAAGUUGAAAAGUAUAGAAGCUUCAACUUAAAAAUAGUUGAUAACAACAAAAAUGAGAAAUUGAUGGGUUUGUAUUGUAAUAACAUAAACAGUACCAAUUUUAAUGCACCAGAUGUACAUUUUGACAUUUAAUGUCUCUUCAGUGAUGCUCGAUUUGUCAUUGUCAGUAGAUGAUGACGGAUUGUAAAAUUUUCAAAAAUUAUUUUAAAAAUCAUUUGAUAAAAUAUUGUUAAUAAGAUGUGUUAAAAAAAUUGUAACCAACAAGUGAUCAAAAAUAGUAACAAAUUAGUGUUCUUAAUAGUCAUAAAUUGAUUCUUUAAUUCCAAAUGUCAAACUUUUAUUGAUCUCAGUUUUUUUCUGUUGCCUGUGACAAAGGUCACAAAUUGCGAGACAUAGGAUUCUAAUCUAGCUCUGGUAAUGUAAGCUCUUCAUAAAAAGCUUCAUAUAUGAGCUAACUAAUCCAUAUCUUAGUUUAAGGUGUCUGUUUAGUAUCUUUCUUUUGUCCUUGAUCUCAUUUAUAGAGGUCAAUGACCAUCUUACUAAACCAUUUUUAUCACCUGAUUUUUUGAAGCUAUUAUGAAUAAUAGGACUUCAUUUGGUUUAUAGUAGCUAUAGUAAGACAUUGAUCUUAAAGACUUUUUAAGAUAGAACUCAACCAUAUUAAGUAAAGCAGGUGAGUUCUUUCUCUGUGUGCACUCAUAUGUGUAAUUUGUUUUUAGUGUUUUUUUUUAUUAUCCAGCUUCAUUAAUACCUCUCUUAAUAAAUAUUUUGUAUAUCAUACUAUCAUACAAAUAUUUUGGAUAUCAUAAGUCCUUGGACUAUUAUUGUACAAAAAGUACACCUAGUUGUCUGUUUAUGUAACCUCAUCCUUUUAUAACUAUUUUAAGAGGGUUAUAAAGUAAAAAUGAUUCAGUCACAUACUGCCAACUUUCCAAAAUCUAUGGAGGGUUUUAAGAACACGAAGAUUUAGUGCAUAGUGCAUCUCUUAUACAUGUCAUAAGUGUUUCUAUGGUUAUGAAUGAGUACUUUAAAUUCAGAAAUUAUUGCUAGAUAUUUAUGUAUGUGAAUAAUGCAACUGGGUGAGAAAAGCAAUAAUAGAAACUCCCAUUCUGCUAUUUGAUAGAUAUAUCUAUAUGCAGAUAUUCCUAUAAUGGCAAUAAUUAUCUCACAUUUUUGUCCAUUCUUCAAAAAUUGCAAUAAUACAUGCAACAACUUCUGAAUUUACAGUACAUGUAUAUAUGCCUAAAUGUCAUACUAAUCGUUUGAAUGUCUGUUUUGAGGUAAAAACUUUACAUGAUUGGGGAUCAUAAGAGUCACAUCAACACCUCUCAUUUGGGAAAUCCCUCAUGCUUUGGGAGAGUUGGCAAGUCUUGAGUCUCCUGUUGAAAUAGUUCUAGCUUGUUUAUCUUUCAGUUUUUACCAUAUUCUUGAAACUUAUAUUUGUUUUGUGUAGUUUUUUAUAUUGAUAAGAUUAUUUUAUGACAUGUCCUAUUAUAAAAAGUAUUUUUUAAGUGUUAGUGAUCUCAAAGUUUUAAGAGGUUUGAUUUUUAAUUGAUAAAUCGACUGUGCGAGACCCUCAUGAGUAGUCAAGGUCGUUAAACACCACUUAGUAGUAGUACUUGAUAGAUGCAUUGCUUAAAAUUGAAUAAAUGAAGGUAAUGUUUGAUAUGAUUGACUUCCAAAUCAUGGAUAUACAUAUUUAUAUCAUAUAUAUUAUUUGUUAUCCUUGCUAAUUUAUAUAGAAAUAAAACCAUCUCCAUUGUUUAUUACA